UGUAGGGGGAGGGCGGUAGAGGCGCAAAUCGGACGCAGCCACAGUCAUCAAUGAACGUGCUGACCGGCCCCGCUGAGCGCUGAGAGCCGUUAGCCUGGAGCUCUGAGCGAGUAUCUGAAUUGCAGGCGCGCUGUAGUUCGGCACUGUCUGAUGUCUUGCACGUCUGAUUUUUAGAUGUUUAAGCGCGAAAAACAAAUGAGUUCUUCUGAUAACGUUAGAUAUCCGACUGCUAACGGAACCAGCUGCCUAGCCUGCUAAGCUAAGCCACCCGGCUAACGCCUCAGCUUGUUUAUUGGUUUUUAAUCAAUAAUCUGAGACUCUGUUUGAUCCCGGGUGUGAAGCGCAGCCGGUUCCUCUCAGAGAGAUGAGUAAAAGAGAAGGUAAUGGAAGCGGCCGGAAACGGAAGACAGACUCGGUUCAGAAAACAGACGAUUCACUGAGCCAGACCUCUCAGGUGAUCGCAGCGUUCAGAGUGUUUCAGCAGGAGCUGGACACCAAGCACGACAAAUAUGAGCGCCUGGUCAAACUUAGCCGAGACAUCACGAUUGAGAGCAAGAGGACGAUAUUCCUGCUGCACCGAGUGACGAGUGUACCCAACGUGGAGGAGGUGUUGAAUGAGGCUGAUACCAAACUGGACAGUGUGAGGCAGAAGAUCGGUCAGGUAGCUGAGGAGCUGAGAGGAGAAGAUCUCCACCAGUUCCACAAAGCCUUCACAUCAGGGGUUCAGGAGUACGUAGAGGCCGUGUCCUUCCACCACUUCAUCAGGCAUCGCACCCUGAUCAGCCUGGAGGAGAUCAACGCUCGCCUCGUCUUCGUGAAGGAGGAGAAGAUGGAAACAAAGGUAACCGGCGAGGGUUCCUUUCCAGGAGCGUGCGUGCUGACCUUCCAGGUGACUCCCACAGACUACCUUCUGGGCGUGGCUGACCUGACAGGUGAGCUGAUGCGGAUGUGCAUCAGCAGUGUGGGGAACGGAGAUAUGGACACUCCCUUUGAGCUCAGCAGCUUCCUGCGGGACAUCCAUGAUGGCUUCUCUUACAUCGGGAACAUGGGUCCGUACGAGGUCUCCAAAAAGCUGCACACCCUCCGGCAGAGCCUCGGCAAGGUGGAGGACGCCUGUUACAUGCUGAGAGUGCGAGGCUCGGAGAUCCCCAAACACAUGCUGGCUGACGUUCUCUCCAGCAGGACGGCGCUGUUGGACCAUGAUGAGGGAGUGGCGUAGAGGGGUUUAAUGUUCUCAGACCUGCAUGCUUUGUAUGAGUUUGUACUUCACUGUAGUUCAGUUAGAAUUUGUGUUUUAAGUCACGCUGUUGAACCUUCAGAGCUCCUUGUUUGCUCCUCUGUGGGUCUUUCUAGCACAUCGGUUGAACAAACUGAGAGAAGCAGCAUUUUUCUCUUCUGCUCGACUCUCACAUCCCGUCUGUUUCAGCGGCGGAAGCAACUCGGUGCCAUUUGAAACACUUCGUUUUGAUUUGAAUGUGAUAUCAAAGAUGUCAUUAAAGCCUGUUUAAGUUGUGAA